AUGAAUAAUAUACUAAAAGAUUAUAGAGUAAGAGAAACAAGUAAAAAAGAUUUGGAAGUAGAAGAUAACAAUAAUGAUGAAAAUAGUGGAUCAGAUCAGGACAUUGAUGAACUGUUGCAAGAAAUAGAAGACGAUAUAGAUAGCCAAUUUUACGAUUCCUAUAGAGAACAAAGAAUUCAAGAAUUUUAUCAAAAGAAAAAAAGAAUAGACGACCAAUUAAGUAAAGGGCAUGGCCAACUAAUGGAAAUAACCUUAGAAAAGCAGUUAAUGGAUUUGCUUGUAGAGGAGCCCAAAUGCAUAGUAAAUUUCUACUUACCCGAUUUUAAAAACUGUAUUAUAAUGAACAACUAUUUAAACCAACUAUCCAAAAGAUAUCUGGAUUAUAGAUUUUUAAAGAUAAGCGUAGGGAAUACACCAUUUUUAAAUAAAAAACUACAAAUUAAAGAGUUACCCUUAGUGAUGACUUAUAGGAACGGCAAACUUGUUAACACUUUGGUAGGGUUUAAUGGUUUGGAGAAAUAUUUUGUUAGUAAUGAUUUUACCGGAAAUAUUAGUCAGAAAAUUCCUUUGGAAGCGUUAGAGAAGAAAUUAGGGCUUUGA